ACAGCGGGUGCCGAGUAUCCGCGGCGGCGGGUACCGGCGAUUGGUCGUCGUCCGGCCGGCUCGUCGGCGCGGCGCGCAGAGCUGGCAGUCACGGAAGGGGAAGCGCCGUCGGCACCGAGAGCGCCGCCAUCUUGACAGACAGAAGGAGCCUGCUGUCCGCCGCUAUCCGCUGACCGUCUCGUCGUGCCGUGUUCCAGCUGAGCCGUUACCGCUCUGUUAGUGCGAGCGCGAGCGCGAGCCUCAGCUCCGCUCCGUUGGUUAUCGCGUGUAGGAUCCGCGGCAUCGCUCGCGAGACGCGAACUCUCGCCAGCUGAACCGGCCGAGGCCGAGGCGGAGGCGCGAAGGCGGAGGACGACGGGAAGGAGGAGGAGGAGGAGGAGGAGAGGAGAGGGGAGGAGGAGGAGGAGAGGUACCGGAGGGCCGGAAAAGCACACAGCGGUGGUGUCGGAGCGAGCUCGGGGAGAGAACGGUACGUCGUCUCGCGGGCGCCUCGCGCGGUGCGCCUCGUGUCGUGCUCGUCGUGGUGCUAGCGUGUCACCGUCGCCGUCGCCGUCGCCUCGUACACGCUGAGAAGUUGCACCAGUGGCACCUCGCGUAACCCCGCGGACCACGGGCCGCCUUGUCUCUCUCGCUCUCUGGUCAGCCGCUCUGCCGGGAGCCGCGCGCGCGCGCGCGCGCGCGAUCGUCCGCUCUCUCGUCGCGUCACGUUCGUCGUGCUCGCGUCUCGCCGAGAGCGCGGUGCCAACGGAGAGCUAACACCAAGAGCGAGGCUCCUCCGGACUUUCUCUGUCGCUCUUCGCUGCUCGUCACUCGUGGGAGAAUCCGCGACGUUGCGGACGUAACUGCUGUUGCCUGCUACUACUGACAGCGCGACAGUAUGGCGGGACAGACGAUCAACGACAGGCUGUUGGCCGCGAGACACAGCAUCGCCGGUCAGGGUCUCGCUAAAUCCGUCUGUAAGGCCACCACGGAGGAGAUGAUCGGGCCCAAGAAGAAGCAUCUCGACUAUUUAAUCCACUGCACCAACGAGCCGAACGUCUCGAUACCACAACUGGCGAACCUCUUGAUCGAACGCUCGCAGAACACAAACUGGACGGUGGUGUUCAAAGCUCUGAUCACCGUGCAUCAUAUGCUCUGCUAUGGCAACGAGAGGUUUACGCAGUAUCUCGCCUCCAGCAACAGUACGUUCCAGCUCAGCAAUUUUCUCGACAAGAGCGGCGUACAAGCAGGAAUACGCGUGGGAUAUGACAUGUCGCCGUUUAUCAGACGAUACGCCAAGUACCUCAACGAGAAAGCUCUCUCCUACAGGACGGUAGCGUUCGACUUCUGCAAAGUGAAAAGAGGGAAGGAGGACGGCACUCUGCGUACAAUGAAUGCUGAGAAACUUCUGAAAACGUUGCCGGUGCUGCAGUCGCAACUCGACGCACUGCUGGAAUUCGAUUGCACGGCUAACGACCUCACAAAUGGCGUCAUAAACAUGGCCUUCAUGCUUCUCUUUCGAGAUCUUAUCCGGUUAUUCGCCUGCUAUAAUGACGGCAUCAUUAAUCUGUUAGAAAAGUAUUUCGACAUGAAUAAGAAACAAUGCCGGGACGCCUUAGACCUCUACAAGAAGUUCCUUAUACGCAUGGACAGGGUCGGAGAGUUUUUGAAAGUCGCGGAAAAUGUCGGCAUCGAUAAGGGAGAUAUACCAGACCUGACGAAGGCACCAAGCAGUUUAUUGGAUGCCCUGGAGCAACAUCUCGCAUCGUUGGAAGGAAAGAAGGGCUCCGCCGCGAAUACACCGACACAAUCAGCAAGCAAUAGAACCAAUGUAAAGUCGGGAGUGUCCGCCCUGUCUUCCACCAGUACCGCGUUCGGAACAGCAGCCAGUAACGCGCGACUCGACCAAACCGGGAACGGCCAUAUCGACGAAGCGUUGCGACAGCAAGCUCUCGCGGAAGAGGAAGCCGCCAUGAAUCAAUACAAGGCUAAAGUUCAAUCACCAUCGGGUGGUCCCAGCACAAACCCCUUCCUCAGUUCUCCAACCAACAAUGCUAAUCAGCCGAUUGUGGAUCUGUUUGGUGCUGUACCAGCGUCCGACAGUCAGCCGCAAAAGGCGUCGGACGAUCUCUUGCAACUGGCGGGUAACCCGUUCGCGAACAUGUUCGGGACGGCGCAACCGGCCGCGGCCGCGCAACCCGCUCAGAUGCAGAACAACAUGUGGAUGACCAACGGUAAUGGUUUCGCGGCUGCGCCACCAGCAAAUAAUAACUUUGUUACAGAUAACAGUUUUUCCUCCGUAUUUGGAAAUCAAGAUCAGCAAUCUUCUGGCGCCCCAGGAACGGCCGCGUCCGUACCUAAUCCCUUCAUGUCCGAUUUUCCGUCCGUGGGUGGCAGCGGUCAGGCAACGGGCGCGGGCGCGGGCGCCUUCGGGCUGUUCGAGCAGGCCGCUGGCGGCGUUGUUGUUGGCGGCGCGAUAAACGAGCCGGCACAAGCGGCGGCGGCGCAAGGCGGAGACCUCUUCAGUGCCGGCGGUGGUCAGGCGGAUCUCUUCGGGGCCGAGUCCACCGCGAUGCUGAGGGCCGCGAACGGCAGUGACGGAGACGCCGCGGCCGACGUGAUGGCGGCGGCGCCUCCUGCCGCCGGCAAGCCAUCGUCCACUGCCACGCCGCCACCUAGACCACCGCCACCCGCGACCGCCGCGAAUGGCGCACCGCGUACACUGUCACCGACGUGCGUCGGCGGAGCGUCACAUGGUAGGCCAGCGGCGGCGUCGGCGACUGCAUCGGCGAUUACGGCGGCGGCGGCGGCGAACGCCGCCGCCGGUUCAGCCCCGGGCAAGAGCGCCUUUGACGAUCUCAACGACAGUAUCCGCAUGGCACUGGGUGGGUCUCCGUCGCGUCCGGCACCACUGGCCCAGCAACAGCAGCAACAACAACAACAACAAGCCGCCGGCCUCGCGGCCCAACAACAGCCGCCGCCGCCGCAGCAACGACGCAUGCCGCCACAGUCGGCGGGCGGUAUGUUCGCGUGUAACCCGGACGACGCCACUGAGCAACCCAUGAGCAUGCCCGGUGGCCCGAUAGUCGGCUAUGGUAUCCCUACCCAAGCCCAAGUCCCCGUGGGGUACGGCUCGCCGGCAAAGCAAGCCAUGUCAGCCGCGGGGCAACCGAUCGGCAAUGCGGCGGCCGGCACCGGCAAGGUCCUGACCGGAGAUUUGGACAGUAGCCUCGCCAGCCUUGCGCAGAACUUGACGAUUAAUAAGAGCGCUCAGCAGCAAGUCAAGGGAAUGCAAUGGAACUCUCCGAAGAACGCCGCGAAAACGGGCGGUCCAGCUGGAUGGUCACCGCAACCAAUGGCAGCUACGACUGGUGCUGGAUAUCGACCCAUGGGCCAAGGGAUGACGCAGCUGCUACCGACCACCACGACCAUGGGGUUUCCCACACAGCCCACAAUGAUGGGUAUGCAAGGUAUACCGAUGGGCAUACAGGGCAUGCAGGGUAUGCAGGGUAUGAGGCCGAUGAUGUGUACUAUCCCAGGUGCUUCCGCCGCCGGUAGCGGUAUGAUGGUUGCGGGAGGAACUGCACCCAUGAUGCAAAUGGCCGGUGCGAAUCCCAUGAUGGGUCCUAACCUGCAGCAGCAGCAUCCUCAAGCAGCAGCUCAGCCACAAGGCAAUGCUGUCCAGCUCGAUCCGUUUGGUGCUCUGUGAAGGGAUUAGGAUUCAAAAUGGAACUAAGAAGACGGAGCGACGUUUUGUAAAUAUCGUUGUGUAAUAUGCCUAGAAAAGAAAACAAAACACACAUGAUUUAUUCCCGCUUAUUUCCGUUAGACGUGGGCCCGAUCAAUCUUGGAUCAUUAAAUCUCACAUGAACCGUCACAUUGUGAAUACACGAUCGGCAACUGUAUCAUACUUUAUAUAUAUAUAUAUAUAUAUAAUAAUAAUAAUACAUAUACACACACACACAUAUAUAUGUGUGUAUAUAUAAAUUUAUACAUAUACAUAUAUGUGUGUGCUUGCCGAGUAUGUAACACGCGUUACUAUUCCGAUAAAGCGUCGUUCCCAUGAACUGAUUUGGUUAAAGUAAACUGGCGUUUCUCAGCGAAAAUCCUUGUCUUGGAGAUUUUAUCAGGCAUAAGCUGAAAAAAGGGAAAGAGAGGAUAAAUGAAUGGAGCGGUGAGUGGGAAGAUAAAA